GGAGGCUGCGCCUGGCGUGCUGAGCGCCUGGGCUCUAGGGCUGAAGAAACACCGGGAGCGGGGCGUCGCGUCCUUUGUGCCCGGAACCGUGGGGAUGUGUUCGCGCUAAGGAGCCAGCUCCAGUAUGGGGGCCGGAUCUGUGUGGGCCUCAGGCCUCCUGCUGCUGUGGCUGCUUCUCCUAGUGGCUGGGGAUCAGGACACACAGGACACCACCGCCACGGAAAAGGGGCUUCGCAUGCUGAAGUCAGGGUCAGGACCCGUCCGUGCUGCCCUGGCAGAGCUAGUGGCCCUGCCCUGCUUCUUUACCCUGCAACCACGGCUAAGCUCCCUGCGAGACAUUCCUCGGAUCAAGUGGACUAAGGUUCAGACUGCAUCAGGCCAGCGACAGGAUUUGCCAAUCUUGGUGGCCAAAGACAACGUGGUGCGUGUGGCCAAGGGCUGGCAGGGACGGGUGUCAUUGCCUGCUUAUCCCCGGCACAGAGCCAAUGCUACCCUUCUGCUGGGGCCACUUCGAGCAAGCGACUCUGGGCUGUAUCGCUGCCAAGUGGUAAAGGGUAUCGAAGAUGAGCAGGACCUGGUAACCCUGGAAGUGACAGGCGUCGUGUUCCAUUAUCGGGCGGCCCGGGACCGCUAUGCGCUGACCUUCGCUGAGGCCCAGGAGGCUUGUCGCCUAAGCUCUGCUACCAUCGCUGCCCCACGGCACCUGCAGGCUGCCUUUGAAGAUGGCUUUGACAACUGCGACGCGGGCUGGCUCUCAGACCGCACGGUUCGGUACCCGAUCACUCAGUCGCGUCCUGGUUGCUAUGGUGACCGCAGCAGUCUCCCGGGUGUUCGGAGCUACGGGAGACGCGACCCGCAGGAACUCUACGAUGUCUACUGCUUUGCCCGCGAGCUAGGGGGUGAAGUCUUUUACGUGGGCCCGGCCCGCCGACUGACCCUGGCGGGCGCGCGGGCACAAUGUCAGCGGCAGGGUGCAGCGCUGGCCUCGGUGGGGCAGUUGCACCUGGCCUGGCACGAGGGCCUGGACCAGUGCGACCCGGGCUGGCUGGCAGACGGCAGCGUGCGCUACCCCAUCCAGACUCCGCGCCGGCGUUGCGGGGGCCCCGCCCCAGGUGUGCGCACUGUGUACCGCUUCGCCAACCGCACCGGCUUUCCUGCGCCAGGAGCACGCUUCGACGCCUACUGCUUCCGAGCUCAUCACCAUACAGCACAACAUGGAGAUUCUGAGAUCCCCUCAUCUGGAGAUGAGGGGGAGAUUGUGUCAGCAGAGGGGCCUCCAGGCCGAGAACUAAAGCCCAGCUUGGGGGAACAGGAGGUGAUAGCACCUGACUUCCAGGAACCUCUCAUGUCCAGUGGAGAAGGCGAACCCCCAGACUUGACUUGGACACAAGCACCUGAGGAGACCCUUGGUUCUACUCCAGGGGGUCCCACGCUGGCCUCAUGGCCCUCUUCAGAAAAGUGGCUCUUUACGGGUGCCCCAAGCUCCAUGGGUGUCUCCAGUCCCAGCGACAUGGGAGUAGAUAUGGAAGCGACAACACCCUUGGGCACACAGGUAGCACCCACCCCCACGAUGAGGAGGGGCCGCUUUAAAGGGUUGAAUGGUCGACACUUCCAGCAGCAGGGCCCAGAAGACCAGCUGCCUGAGGUAGCAGAGCCCAGUGCCCAGCCUCCCACCCUGGGAGCUACUGCCAACCACAUGAGGCCUUCUGCAGCCACAGAGGCUUCAGAGAGUGACCAGAGCCACAGUCCUUGGGCCAUUCUGACCAACGAAGUGGAUGAGCCAGGAGCAGGCUCUCUUGGCAGCAGGAGUCUCCCAGAGUCCCUGAUGUGGUCCCCGUCGUUGAUCUCACCCAGUGUCCCAAGCACCGACAGUACUCCUAGCGCGAAGCCAGGGGCAGCCGAGGCACCCAGUGUGAAGUCAGCCAUCCCCCACCUGCCCCGGCUGCCCUCAGAGCCCCCUGCUCCCUCUCCCGGGCCCUCAGAGGCCCUAAGUGCUGUCUCCCUCCAGGCAUCCUCUGCUGAUGGCUCCCCUGACUUCCCCAUUGUAGCCAUGCUUCGAGCCCCCAAACUGUGGCUUCUGCCACGCUCUACACUUGUCCCCAAUAUGACCCCAGUCCCACUGUCCCCAGCUUCUCCACUUCCCUCCUGGGUCCCAGAAGAACAGGCUGUCAGGCCUGUCAGCCUUGGAGCGGAAGACCUCGAAACCCCAUUUCAGACCACCAUAGCUGCCCCAGUUGAAGCCAGCCACAGAUCCCCUGAUGCAGAUUCUAUAGAAAUCGAGGGGACCAGCUCCAUGCGGGCUACAAAGCACCCCAUCUCUGGCCCAUGGGCUUCUUUGGACUCUAGUAAUGUGACGAUGAAUCCUGUCCCUUCUGAUGCUGGCAUCCUAGGGACUGAGUCUGGGGUCUUGGACUUACCAGGGAGUCCCACAUCAGGCGGACAGGCCACUGUGGAGAAGGUGCUGGCCACCUGGCUACCACUGCCUGGCCAAGGACUAGACCCUGGCUCCCAGUCCACACCCAUGGAAGCCCAUGGGGUUGCCGUGAGCAUGGAACCUACAGUGGCUUUGGAGGGAGGUGCCACCGAGGGCCCUAUGGAGGCCACCAGGGAGGUGGUCCCCAGCACUGCUGAUGCCACUUGGGAGUCUGAAUCCAGAAGUGCCAUUUCUAGCACCCACAUAGCUGUGACCAUGGCUAGGGCUCAGGGCAUGCCCACACUGACCUCUACAAGCUCCGAAGGCCACCCAGAGCCUAAGGGCCAGAUGGUGGCCCAGGAGUCACUGGAGCCUCUCAACACUCUGCCUUCGCACCCCUGGUCAUCCCUGGUGGUCCCCAUGGAUGAAGUGGCCUCAGUUUCCUCAGGGGAACCCACAGGACUGUGGGACAUACCCAGCACUCUGAUACCUGUAUCCUUGGGCUUGGAUGAAUCAGACCUGAAUGUUGUGGCUGAGAGUCCAAGCGUGAAGGGCUUCUGGGAAGAGGUGGCCAGCGGGCAGGAAGAUCCCACAGAUCCCUGCGAGAACAACCCCUGCCUGCAUGGGGGCACCUGCCACACCAACGGCACCGUGUAUGGCUGUAGUUGUGACCAGGGCUAUGCUGGGGAGAAUUGUGAAAUUGACAUUGAUGACUGCUUAUGCAGCCCUUGCGAGAAUGGGGGCACCUGCAUCGACGAGGUGAAUGGUUUCAUCUGCCUCUGCCUCCCCAGCUAUGGGGGCAGCCUGUGUGAGAAGGACACAGAAGGCUGCGACCGUGGCUGGCACAAAUUCCAGGGACACUGCUACCGGUACUUUGCCCAUCGCCGGGCCUGGGAGGAUGCAGAGAGAGAUUGCAGGCGCCGAGCUGGUCACCUGACAAGCGUCCAUUCGCCAGAAGAGCACAAGUUCAUUAACAGUUUUGGACAUGAGAAUUCGUGGAUCGGCCUGAAUGACCGGACAGUAGAGAGGGACUUCCAGUGGACAGACAACACAGGACUGCAAUAUGAGAACUGGAGGGAGAAGCAGCCGGAUAAUUUCUUCGCAGGUGGGGAGGAUUGUGUGGUGAUGGUGGCACAUGAGAGUGGGCGCUGGAAUGAUGUCCCCUGCAACUACAACCUACCCUAUGUCUGCAAGAAGGGUACAGUGCUGUGUGGUCCCCCUCCAGCAGUGGAGAAUGCCUCUCUUGUUGGUGUGCGCAAGAUCAAGUACAAUGUCCAUGCCACUGUGCGAUACCAGUGUGAUGAAGGAUUCUCCCAGCACCGAGUGGCCACUAUCCGCUGCCGUAACAAUGGGAAGUGGGACCGGCCUCAGAUCAUGUGCAUCAAACCCAGGCGGUCACAUCGGAUGCGUAGACACCACCACCAUCCACACCGACAUCACAAGCCUCGCAAGGAGCACAGAAAACACAAGAGACACCCAGCGGAAGACUGGGAGAAAGACGAAGGGGAUUUCUGCUAAAGAUCCAGGCUAAUCAAGCACAAGCCCCCACACCUUCUCCAGAGUGUUUCCUUGGGGACCCAGAACCCAGCAUCCACCAGAGAGGGUGGGGACACUGCAGAGCCCCACACCCCUGCGGUAGGUCCUCUGUUACUGAGGUCCUCCUGGAAGGGGUGGCUGAGCCUGAGAGGCCAUGCUGGUCUGGCUGAGCCUCUAGGUCACUUCCCAGCCAUUAAAGGGGGUCCUGAAGUCUGCAUCCACAAGGGGCAACAGUAUGUCUGUGUGUGCUGGGGAGUGGCUUUCGCACCAGAGAUUCAGGCUUAGGAAACAGUGGACCAUCCUGAAUCUAUGGUGAAGGUUUGGCUAAAGUCACUGUAUCUGAGUGGAGGACCAGCAGAGCAAACAUGAUGGCCUGCCAUCUCCUGGGAUCCCCCAAGGGUGACUUCCACUCCUCUGGUUUUCUUUUUUUUUCCCCUUUCUUCUUCCUCCCUCCCAAUUCCAACACCUCCAACCCCCAAACUAGGCUGGCCUCGAACUCACUAUUGUAGAAAGAUGUCCUUGAAGUCUCAAUCCUCCUGCCUCUGCACCACCAUGCCUACCUGGUUUAUUUGGUGCUGGACAUGGCACCUAGUACUGAGCAGGGCUCUCUCUGCUAACCAGCCCUAGUCUUUGGUCUUGGUUCAGACCACUAAAUCUAGUGUGGAACUCUUAUAUACUGAUUUUAGUGAUGUCUCUUAGAGCCACUGGCCUCCUUGGCUUCCUAGGGGAGGUUACUCCGAGCGAUGGGGGUGGGGAGGGCUAGUGUCUUGCUGACUCCCCAGGUCUAGUGCAGUGCUAAGAUCUGGUGGUUCUGUUUUGGGUUGUUUUUGUUUUGAGACAGGGCCUCACUGUGCGGCCCUGGCUGGCCUGGAACUUGCUAUAUAGACCAGGCUAACCUGGAACUCAGCGAACUGUCUGCCCAGCCUUCUUUGGUUUUAUUGACGUAAGAUCUCCAGAGCCUAGGCUGGGUUUCAGGCCACAGCAAUCAUCCUUUCUCAACCACCUGAAGGUGACAGGCAUACGCCGUCGUGUGUGGCAGUUUCGUGGCUUUGUGAUGAAAAAUCUCCCACACCCGUGUGCACAGAAGUGAGAUCAGUGGAGUACAAUGUGCUGGAUGCUGCUGUAUCCUCCCCCUCCAUCUCUCAGGGAGACAGACAACCUUCUGCCUGAACCAAGAUGGUGCCAUGUUUUCUAACCCAGAGCCUGUCUUUUUAGCAGACCUCAAUAAAUCUCCUGCCUCAGAUUCCAUCCCUGCCCCACCCCACUUCUGUUUCCACAUCCUGCCUGAUGGACUUUAUGCUUACAGUGUUCAUGGUCCUAUGGUAGAAAGAAGAAUUCUCUUAGAAUUAACACACACACAUACACACACACACAUGCAUGUACACACACUAACACACCUUCUCGCCUGGUUUUACAUUUUUCUUUUUCUUUUCCUUUUCCCCGUUUCCUUUUCUUUUUUCUUUUUUUUUUUUUUUUUUUUUUUUUUGAAACAGGGUUUCUCUGUGUAGCCCUGGCUGUCCUGGAACUCACUUUGUAGACCAGGCUAGCCUCGCACUCAGAAAUCUGCCUGCCGCUGCCUCCCAAGAGCUGGGAUUAAAGGUGUGCGCCACCACGCCCGGUUCUACAUUUUUCAAAAUGUGAAAUAAUCCACUUUGGAUUCCCUCUUCCCAUCUACACUCCAGAAAAGACUUCCCAAGCCAGGGACAGGGUCCCUCACAGAGCCCAUGCAGUGUGGGUAGAAUCUAUGAAUUUGUGUUAAAGCCACAGUGGAGCCUGAGCUUAGCCCUGUGGGUAAAGAUGCUGCAUAAGCCUGAAGAAGUCCGUUUAAGCCCUGGGACCCAUGUUUUAAAAGUGAAAAGCCAGGUAGGGUGUGAACCCUGGUGCCAGCAUCCCUGUGCUGAGACUAUAGGAAGCUCAUGAGCCAGCUAGCCUGGAGGAUCACGGCAAACCCUUAAAGGGUAGCAUUUGACCUCCACUGCACACUACAAUGUGGGUGAUUCUCCAACACACGCACAACCCUCUCCCCCCACACACACUGCACAAGCACAAAAUAAAUAAGUAAAAAUUUCAAAAACUGUAGGAUUGGGUGGGUCAGGGCAGGGAUGGGUGCACAGGUUCUGGGGUCCAUGCCCAGCUCUUCCUAAGUGUUUACUGAGCUGCAUUGCUCACAGGAGGUAAUGAAAGCCUGGGGCAGUUACUGAAUAGAAGCCGUGUAAAGCCUUGUGAGAUGCCCUUGAAUCCUCUCAGCAGCCCACGUGGUCCUUAGUCUCCCAUUUCCACUUGAUUGUAAGAGAAAGACAAAGUUACAGACUACGAUAGAGGAGCUAGAGCAAGAAUUUCCUUCUGUGCGUUAUAAUUACUGUAAGUGUUGAUUUUUUGGACAGGGCCUCAGUCUGGCCUUGAAUUCACUCAGUAGCUGAGGAUAACCUUAAAGUCCUGAUCCUUCUGCCUCAGUUUCCCAAGUACUAAAACGGCAGGUAUGCACUAUGACUGGUGUAUACAAUGCUAGGGAUGGAACCCAGAGAUUUGUGCAUACUAAGUAAAUGUUCUACACCUGAGCUCCAAGUACUCUGUCAACUGAGCUCCAAGCACUCUGUCAACUGAGCUCCAAGCACUCUUAUCUGUGCUUCGAACGCUACCAACUUAGUUCGAUUCGCAAACCCUGGUCUUGAUUUGUGCUCCAAAUUUUGCUUUAUGUUUAAGGGAAGAGACCUAAAAUCCUUACCUGCUGUCACACACACACACACACACACACACACACACACACACACACACACACACACGAGCAGACUUGGGAAAUGGUUGAGAAAAGCAAACUGGACCCUGAUCCGUAAAGGUCCCUGUGACUGGGGACAAAGCUUCUUGGUAACAUUUUCUAAUUCAGAAGGAACCACACCAAUCCCCUGCUGGGGAUUGAGGGCGAGGCCUGCUGGGGCUCAGAGGUUCUUCCUAGCCCCUGAACUGCCUGCUCCAUGGAGGGGCAUGCUUUAGGCUUUUCUGGACUGGAGCCUCAUCUCCAGCUUUCCCCCUCCCUGGUGUGUCUGCUUGGGCCAGUAUGCGGGAGGAGUGUGUAUGUGCGAGAAUGGCUACAGGUUCUGCUGGGUUUUGUUUUGUUUUUGUUUUUCUGGGAGCUUUGAUGUUCCGUGGAUCUGUGCUAUCUGACACUGUGGAUGUUAAUGGACUUAUUGGACAUUUUAAUAAAAAUUUUUUAACAGUU